AUGGCGGAAUUCGUGCGGUCCCAGAUCUUUGGUACCACCUUUGAAAUCACUAGCCGGUAUACGGAUUUGCAACCGGUGGGCAUGGGAGCCUUCGGGCUGGUCUGCUCUGCGCGAGACCAAUUGACCGACCAGCCUGUGGCAGUCAAGAAAAUCAUGAAGCCCUUCAGUACUCCCGUACUGUCCAAGCGCACCUACCGCGAGCUGAAGCUGCUCAAGCAUCUCCGUCACGAGAAUAUUAUCAGCCUGAGCGAUAUUUUUAUCUCCCCACUCGAAGACAUUUAUUUCGUCACCGAGCUCUUGGGAACUGAUCUGCACCGCCUUCUGACUUCUCGGCCCCUUGAAAAGCAGUUCAUCCAGUACUUCCUUUACCAGAUUCUGCGUGGCUUGAAAUAUGUCCACUCCGCCGGUGUGGUUCACCGAGACCUCAAGCCUAGCAACAUUCUCAUCAACGAAAACUGCGAUCUGAAGAUCUGCGACUUUGGUCUCGCGCGAAUUCAGGACCCGCAGAUGACUGGCUAUGUCUCCACACGGUACUACCGAGCCCCCGAGAUCAUGCUCACCUGGCAGAAGUAUGACGUUGAGGUGGACAUUUGGAGCGCAGGCUGCAUUUUCGCCGAAAUGCUGGAGGGAAAGCCACUUUUCCCAGGAAAGGACCACGUCAACCAAUUUUCCAUUAUCACCGAGCUGCUGGGCACUCCUCCGGAUGAUGUGAUUCAAACCAUUUGCAGCGAAAACACCUUGCGCUUUGUCAAGUCCCUCCCGAAACGCGAGCGUCAAAAUCUGGCCCUGAAGUUCCGGGGUGCCGAUUCCGACGCCGUGGACUUGCUUGAGCGAAUGUUGGUCUUUGACCCGAAGACACGAAUCCGAGCUGGAGAAGCGCUGGCGCACGAAUACCUUGCUCCCUACCAUGACCCCACAGAUGAGCCGGUCGCUCAAGAGAAGUUCGAUUGGUCAUUUAACGAUGCGGACUUGCCCGUGGAUACCUGGAAAAUCAUGAUGUACUCCGAAAUCCUCGAUUUCCAUAACAUCGAACAAAACACCGAGGCGGGUCAGGCCCUCGUCGCUGGUGGAGUGCAGCCACCACCGCAGGCUUUCGCAUAA